CAGCUCCGCGCCGGGGCCGUUGGCUCCAGACAAAUAAACAUGGAGUCCAUCUUCCACGAGAAAAUGGGGUCUCAAUAUGUAGGUGACUCACGGAGAUACACCUAUCUUGGACUCCUGAGUGCUGGGAUUAAAGCAAGAAGGCUCACUUUGUGCUCAGCAUUGCCUGAAUAAUCUAUUGCAAGGGGAGUAUUUUAGCCCUGUGGAGCUAUCCUCUAUUGCACAUCAGCUUGAUGAAGAAGAAAGGAUAAGAAUGGCAGAAGGAGGAGUUACCAGUGAAGACUACCGCACAUUUUUGCAGCAGCCUUCUGGAAAUAUGGACGACAGCGGCUUUUUCUCUAUCCAGGUUAUAAGCAAUGCCUUGAAAGUUUGGGGUUUAGAACUAAUCCUAUUCAACAGUCCAGAGUACCAGAGGCUCAGAAUUGAUCCUAUAAAUGAAAGAUCCUUUAUAUGCAAUUAUAAAGAACACUGGUUUACAGUUAGAAAAUUAGGAAAACAGUGGUUUAACUUGAAUUCUCUCCUGACGGGUCCAGAAUUAAUAUCAGAUACGUACCUCGCACUAUUCUUGGCUCAGUUACAGCAAGAAGGUUAUUCUAUAUUUGUUGUUAAGGGUGAUCUGCCAGACUGCGAAGCUGACCAACUUUUGCAGAUGAUCAAGGUCCAACAGAUGCAUCGACCAAAACUUAUUGGAGAAGAAUUGGCGCAACUGAAAGAGCAGAGUGUUCUUAAAGCAGAUCUGGAACGAGUCCUAGAGGCGGCUGACGGGGCUGGGGUGUUGGAUGAAGAUGAGGAUGAUUUGCAAAGGGCUCUAGCGAUAAGUCGCCAGGAAAUCGACAUGGAGGAUGAAGAAGCUGAUCUCCGCAGGGCCAUUCAGCUCAGUAUGCAAGGUAGUUCCAGAAAUAUGUCUCAAGAUAGUCCACAGACGUCAAGUACCAAUCUUACUUCAGAAGAGCUGCGGAAGAGGAGAGAAGCCUACUUUGAAAAGCAACAACAGCAUCAACAUCAGCAGGAGACAGACCGACCUAGGCAGCUUUCUUACCCUUGUGAAAGACCGACCACAAGUUCAGGAGGACUUGGAAACAACCAAGCAGGUGAUGAUGCGAGUGAAGAAGACAUGCUUCAGGCAGCUGUGACCAUGUCUUUAGAAACUAAGGAUAAUUUGAAAGCGGAAAGAAAAAAAUAAUACCUUUAAAAUCAUUUUGCUACUCUUGCUUUCUAACAUUGUCUGUGUGAUUACAAUGUAAGGUCCAUUUUGGCAGCGGGUCCCUGGAAGAGAUGCGACCCUUCGGUGGUUUACAAGCAAAUGAUAGAAAGCCAGAAACGUGUCAUAGGACUGAGUACUGAUCAGAUACUAGCCAAAGAGGCAGUCAGCAGCUAAAGAAAUAAGGUAGUUUUCUAAAUGUCCCUUUUUGGUUUUCAAAUGUGCAAUAUCUAACUGAAAUUAGGGAGUUUUUCUUGGCUCUUUGUGGACCAACUAAUUAGCUCUUGCAUUGGACUUGAUCUUGAAUUUUGUUUUAAUUUUCUCUCUGCAUUGGAAGUGGCUUGGCUCACUUGAACUUCUGUUUCAUAUUAGACCAACUUUCUAUGGAAAUGUCUCUUGUCUGUCUUGUUACAGAAAGCUAACCCUGUCAUCUUCUGUGUGUGUGUGUGUGUGUGUAGGGCACGUGGAUGCUUCCUUGGGGUAUUCUGGUUUUGGUUGUUCCCCCACAACUCAACAUGGCAGUCUGUCCUGAGCUUUCUCUCUCUUUUUUUUUUUUCCGAGACAGGGUUUCUCUGUGGUUUUGGAGCCUGUCCUGGAACUAGCUCUUGUAGACCAGGCUGGUCUCGAACUCCCAGAGAUCCACCUGCCUCUGCCUCCCGAGUGCUGGGAUUAAAGGCGUGCGCCAUCACCGCCCGGCUGAGCUUCGUCUUUUUAAGGCCUCUCACUUCAGUUUGUUUUUAUACUCUGAAGUCAACACUGCUCGAGUAUUGAGUCUAGAUGAGCUGGGUUUUGUGUGAGCAUGUGCUUUCUGGAUGCUUUGUGAAGUUUUCAGUUGUGUCCUGGCUGACAUCUGGAGUCCUUCCUGCACCUGCACCAUAUUUCCUUUCUGUUUUGGUUGAGGAAAGGAGAAGCGUAGGGUGCAAGCACAUUUCCUUCUUACUUAGAAGUGACGCCAUGAAUGGACUGCAGGAGAAACUUGGCCUUCAGUGUUGGUGGCAGCUUUGUUUUAGUUUUUUCUUUUGUGACAGGAGCUUUGUGUUCUAUUUACAAUAAGUCCUGGAAUAUAGAUGCCUGCCUCAUUUUUUAAAAAAAGUAUAAUAUAGCCUGCCAGAAUGGUGGUCUAGAAUGUGAAAGUUAUCUACUAAUGAAAAUAUACAAAUGUACUGUGGGUUGACCCUUCCAAUCAUGUUUAAACUGUCAAGAAUUACAGAAGUCACAGUGGUCCUGUCUGUAGAUUUAAAAAGGCCUUAGUUUUGAUAAACAUUCUUUAAUUGAGAUGCACAGAGUCUUUCUGGGUCAGUACAUUGGUAUGAUUUGGGUAAAAAUUAAUUUGGGUAAAAAUGUGUCUCAUGGGUGUUAUGGAUCCUGAUAUCUGCUCUCCCUUCUUCCCUCCUUUGCUCCCUCCCUCCCUUCCUCUCUCUCUAUCCUCUUUGGAGCAUUGACUUGUACAUAAGUAAAAUCCAAGAAGAAAUUUUAGCCAACAGCUUAGGAAGGUGAAGAAAGAUGUGUUGCUCUACUGGUGUGUGUUCUGCACACGUUUUAUCAGGGAAAGUUUUUUGAUAUAGGAUUUAUUGUUGUCUAACUGCAAAAAAAAAAUACAAAUAUUUUUAUUUGUGAUGAUGAAAUAGUUUCCUCUUGGAUAGGACAGAUUGUUUUAUUUGGCUGUGCUGGGGAUUGAACCCAGGGCCUCAUGUGUAUUGGGCAGGCACUUUACCUCUGAGCUAUAGCCCCAGUUCCAAAAACGAGUGGGUUUUUUUCUUAGUCAUUUUGUGCCAAGUAAAGUUUCUUUGGAGUUCAUUUUAUGAAAAAUUAGUCAGUCUUAUUUUAAAAUCUAUCAAGUUCUCUUUUAGUAAUUACAGAGGUUCAGAAGAAUUGUGCAACUUUAGGGUGUUGGAAUGAAAACCUUUCUUACGGUUCACAGUAAGUGUUAAACUGAAGUAUGUACCUACCCCAGUGUGCCAGUCACAUUGUCUGAACAUUGGCCUUUCCUUUUUCUCUGAAAAAUCACAGUGAACUUUCUAUACAGUUAGGUUGAUAAGCAACCUGGUUAAAAAAAAAAAGUGAGAAAGCCAAUAUGCAUUUCACUUUUAACUUUAGAGUUUAUAAAAUACUCAUAUAACAUCCUAGUUAAUUAAAUCACUUAUGAAAUACAUCAUGUUGAUAUUUUAUUGGAGACAUUUUAAAGAGAAACUGAGCAUACACUGAAUUUCUUUUGAAUGUAUUUUUUUUUUUUAGUUUGUUAUGAAUUGUUGUAUUUGGCAAAGCCAAUCCAAAUCACCCUUGAACUGCCAUUUCUUUUGGAUUGACCUAGGCUUACCUGAAUCUUUAGAUUUAAUUAUUAAUGAGUAGCCAGUAUGAAAAAUGCCAAUGCUUAUUAUAACUGCAGUAUACAAAAGUUCAUGAAGCUCUGCACAUACACCAGGAGCUGCUGUUUGCUGGACAUCACUGAAGGACAGUCGGGGGCAAGGGAAUCCACCAUCACAGUUGUGUACGGACUUGACUUGACUUUCUGUUUUUACCAAUUGGGAGUGCCUGAUGUUUCAUUUCUAAACUACUGGUAUCACUUUUUUCUAAUUUUUUCUAAUGUGUAGCUUGUACUACCAGAUCAAAUAUGUACAGUUGUAAUUCUAGUGUCAGUAAGCAACUGUGAGAACACUUUGGGAAGCCAGCCAUGGUAAUACUCACCUUUAACCCCAGCACUCAGGAGGCAGAGGCCUGUAGAGCUCUCUGAGUUCAUGGCCAGCCUGGUCUACAUAGUGAGUUCUAAACUUGUUAGAGCUGCACAGUGAGACCUUUCUUAAAAAAAGGAAAAAAAAAAACAACUUUGGAAAGACCACUUUUCCUUUUGGGAAGUCAUGGACUUACUUAUAUUUAAAAUUCAGAAUAGCUGCCCUGUGGCCUAAACCAUAAAUUACAAAAACAAAACAAGCAAACAAACAAAAGACAGCAAUAUGCAGAUAUUCCACUGAUAUAAAUUGUUUGAUACAGUAGUGUAGGUAAAUUCUGCAUUAACAUUUUAAGAUAAAUUCAUUUACAGUUCACAGAUAGUAUUUUAGUUGGUGCUUUUUUUCCCCCUGCAAACUUGAAUUUUUCUUGAUGAAGCCAAAGUUAAUGAGGAAGAAUGCUCAAAUUGAGUAGUAUGGAUUGUUUUAUUUAAUAUCAAGUUGAUUAAAAUUAAGUUUUAUUCAUAUCAGAGUCUAAACCACAUAUUUUGAAUAUGUGCAUGUUUGAUACUAUUUUUAAAUCAUGCCAGUGCCAACAGUUAAUAAAUUCUUGCAACUGACCCCUAUGACCUGCACAAGUCCAAAGUGGGUAGCGCAGGACCAAACUGUGCUAUCUGAGAUUUUUAAGUUGGGAAAUCCUGAUGUUUUGAAGUACUAAGAGGACUGAGUGGUUAAUAUGGAGUCCUUUAACUCCAGCUGUGGAUUCAGCAGCAGUGGAGCGGCUGCCUACUGGCCCAGGUCUUGCGUUCAGUCCUUACCAAUGCAAAGAACAAAGUUCGACCCGUAAUCUGCAUCUAGAGAGCCUUGAGGGAGUACUUUGAAAGUGGAGUGUUGGCUGUGCUUUAGCCCACCUGUAGAGCUGUGGUGAUGUGACCUUAGUCAAGAAACACCAGAUUGGAUUAACUAAUCAGUAGUGUAGAUAAUUUUUGUUUUUCAGAUUUAAAACAAAAAUUCUCCCUUCAUUCCUAAUUAGUUUAUAAUGAGCUAAAGGAACAAAUUUGGUUUGUAUUUUUUUCCAAAGUGUUAAAUAUAAUAAAAAGUUUUGUUGUAGUCUUUCAUGAAUGAAAUUUGAGGGUAUUUUUUAUUUCUAUAAUGGUCAGUCAUUUUAAUAAUUAAAACAAUGUACUCCCUAAAUUUAUGUAGGUUAUUAUGGAUGUUUAACAAUACCAGUACACAUUUUAAGGUUUCAGUCAUAGACAAAGUUGUAGUGGAAAGUAUGGAAAAUGCAGUUAUUUAAGAAAUACUCAGUGUCUCUUGCAUAGUUUAAAGGUGGUAUGUUUCCUGGAUUUUUUUUAAAUUUCUUUUUUUUAGAGGAUGACAGACAUUUGAAAUGCGAUUAUCUAAUUUUUACAACACUGGACUAAAUAGGAAUAACUUUUUAAAACAAUGACUGUUCUGUAUAAAUAAAAUAUUUGAAACUUAAGUACAAAAGCCGUGAAAGUGCAGUUCGCUCAGGACCCAAGUCUGCAGCCCUUAUCAUGUUCCGGUCUCCUCGAGUUAUGGGCUGCCACUCCACAGGUCUUCCGUCUGUUUGUUCCUUCCAAAGCUGGGCUUCCCAAAGCACUGUUGAACACAGAAGGUUCUGUUGGUGUGGAUGUUAAUGAGUUGUAUUUUAAAUAUAAGAGAUUAUUAAAUAAAGAGAAUGGUUGCUUUUC